GCAUUACAGCACAGGUCAGUGGCCUGUGAGCUGCACUGUGAUUCAGAAGAUGGAAAGAUUUCUCAAUCUGAUGAAUAGCAUUAUUUACUCAUGGGUGAGCCCCAGCACUAUAGACACAGCAAUGGACAUGAGCAUUGCCAUUCUGUGUGGAGCUGGGCUCUUUUUCCUACUGACUCCCUUCCUGAAAAACCUCCCUGUGUCACCAUGUGAAAGUGAAAAGGACAUCACAGAGGAUGUGAAGAUGAGGCAGAGACAAACCAGGAAGAAAAUCGCUACUCUAAAAGGUUGCAGAGAUGCUGCAAAGAAUGUGGAAGAGACCAGGACUCCAUCACAACCUAUGAAAAUCGAGCAACUUCUCCAGGACUCCACACCACAUCCCUGGUUGAACCGUCUUCAGAAAAUGGAACACCUUCUGAUAUUUCAGCCAUUGUCUCAUCUCAAUUGCUUGGAGUAUCUUAUACACAAGGAAUUUAGUCACAUUUUCUGGGGCAUAUCCACUCUUUUCUCUGAGUCAGUUUUGGCUGCUCCCAACAUCCUCAGAAACCCUUCCUUAGCACAACACAAAACCCUCAGGUUUCAUGAUGCCUGUCGCCCUGCUGCCCAAGUUCCUUCCAGGGAGCAAGGACUUCCAGAGUGUUCCCAAGAACAGCCAUUGCCUGCACAACUUGUGACACCAAGCUGUGACAAAGCCCCAACUAAUGCAAAUCAUCCCAAGCUCUACACCAAUCAAAACACCUCCUUAUUUCAAGAGACAGGCCUUUGGAAAAAUACGUCCUACCACUGACAAAGGUAUACCUGUAUCACUAUUAAUGGAAAACCAUGCUUGUCAACAUGGACAGUAUUGGAAACACACCAAAGGUGAUUCAAGAACAUCAGGCAGUCUUUACGAAACCCACUCAAAACUUGACCCUAAACAAUGAGUCUGUCAGGUCAGGCUCCGUCCCUUGGGAGCAUUGGCAGAUGGCCCAUAAGAAUGAGGGGCCACAGAAUGAAGGAAAGGAAACUAAUGUGGGACAAGAACAAGGAACCCCCAUCACAUUCCUCUCAUCCUGAAAGUUGACCCAGCUACAGGGAAAUUUUGUAGCAAAAACUGAUAAUUAUUGCAAGAGCAGGGCUCAACUCUCCCAACCUGCCCAGCACUCCAUCCUCAACCACAAAAGUUACAUGUGGAACAAAAUGAAGGGGACUGUGCCCAUGGGAGUACCCUUACAGGAGGUCACAGAAAAGAAUGAAAAAUAUACCACCAUCAAGAAGGGCACUGGUUUAGGGGGCAAACACCUGCCUUGCCCUUCCAUCAGCAACCUUGAGAAGGGGCUGAAAUUUAGGAAUACCACACUAAGGACAGAAAAGCAGCUUUUUUGUAAAGGCUGCUAACGAUCAUACCUGCCUCGAUUCAAAAAAUGAAAGGAAGCCACAGUCAAAUUGUAUAGAACUUCCAGUCAAACCCAGAAGGAAACCAUAUCUGCAUUUCCUUGAGGCAAGCGAUCUCGCCACACCUGGAGUUCCAGCCUCAAACCUUCCCCAGGUUGUGUUUCCCUCCUCAACCAUCUGUGAUUUCAAGGAGGAGUACUAUUCCAAGGCUGCCAUGAUCCUGGAACAUUUGCAUCACCAGGACCCAGGAGGGACAAGUGUAGAAAGUGCCUCAACUGCCAGGCUAGAGAGUCCUCUGUGGAAGCACUCAGCUGCAGAGGUGCAGGAGAACCAAAGAGGCCCUUAACCUGAUGCAAGUCAUUGGCCCUCAAAAGUCUGACCAGAUCCAUUUCAGACAUAUCUGAGUAUUCAGCAACUUGAUUUUUACCUCCAGGCAAAAACCCAGCAGAGCACAACUGUGGAAUGAAGUGAAACAUGCAGUCUCCAAAUAAAUACCAAUACAAAAAUUGACAAGCAUCCACCAAGGAAGAUUUCAGUAUGAGGACUCAGCUCAUCCCUGCUGUCCUGUAAUAGUGCUUGGUCAGGAUGAAACUGUCCCACCCUCAGCAGCCAAACCAAGCAACAUAAUGGAGGUGAAAGAAGAGCCAUCUGCAUGGACAGUGAGUCUGGGACCCAGUGAGAGUCACAAUGGCCAAGCUAUCGGUAUCAGUGCCAGGGACAUUGGAUCUUUACACCCCAACAAACAUCCUGGUCAUCUGCAAACACCUACCCUACAGCCCUCAGAGGACUCGGUCCAAAAUCCACAAUCACACAGUAAGAUAGACCUGAAAUCAAAGGAGCAGGCACAGCAUUGGCCUGUGAGACACGAUCCAGAUGUCCCUAGUACAGUACACCCUGCCAAGGUCAGCUUGCUUUCAAAACCCUGGAUGCAUAGCUUCCAGAAUACAUGCCAAAACCCCGUAAAUACCCUGGGUUUAGGUGAUGUCUCCAGGAGGAGACAUGAGAGGGUAGAAACUGGAGAGAUAUGUGUCCCAGAGGAAAAACUCGAAGUGAAAGAUUUCAAGGGGUCCCAUCCCCAUGAAGGGAAGCAGAUUACUAUAAGAUCUAGAGCCAUAAGCCAGGGAGAAAGGCUUCGAGGAGCAAGUCCUUCCAUCCCAAGCUCCACCCAGAUCAGGGAUAGAACCAAGACUUGGAUACCAGGGAAAGGGGAAGUUACUUCGAAGAGCUCUUGGAAUAAAAUCACAAGGAAUGCUUCAAAAUAUGGAGGUUCCAGCACAAAAUACUUAGGGCAAGGUGAUGCCUUAGAGAAUGUUCUCCCCACAACAGGUACGGAGCAAGUACAGGAGAUGGUAACAAGAAACAAGGUCCUCUACAAUAUAGUAGCUGAAAUAUAAUCACUUGUGAAUGCUCUGGCCCAGAUCCUAGAAAACACUGAAGAGUACCGAUCAUCCCACUCUUCUAUGACUCUGCAUGAAACAAUCCAUAACAGAACAGUAAACAGAUUGAGCUGUGGCCAUGUCAGCCCUGAGAUCAAUAAAUAUCCCUUCACAUAUACGGAUAUUGAAGUCCAACUACAGUCAGGGAUCGAACCCCAGAGAGCCUGUGAUCAAGAUCUGAACCAAGGUGAGACAGAUAUCGGGUUUGACCAGCUCCCUGUCCCCAAGGGAAGUGACUUUCCUUCUGAGUACAGGGGAAUUGGAGAAAAGCAGGAGUCAGGUCUUGCUCACCAGAGAUUCUGUGACCCAAAUAAAAUCACAACAAAUGUUGGAAUGGUCUGCUGGCCACAUAGCAGCUUCAUGGGGCACAACCAUUCCUUCGGAUAUAGAGAAAUCAGAAACAAACACCAGCCAGAAAUUGUCCAUAAACCCCUUUUCCCACAUCAAACUACGAAGAAAGGAACGGGCUGUUGCCGUUCUCUGAGUCCCAUAGAGAAAUUUCCAAUCAAGCACGGGGGAAAUGACUGCUUAAAGACUUCAGUUGCUGCCCAGCAAGCCUCUCACACCAGGUAGACCUCAUCAGGACAGGGCAAGGAGGAGGAGGCUCUGGCCAUCAUUUUUCAAGAAUAUGUCCCAUCUGCCCAUCCAUUGUGUCCCCCAUGCUUCCUGGUAAUAAACUUGGUUUUGUCCCUGCAAAGAAA